CGAUCGCAGAAUGAGCAAUGAAACGAUUACAGUUCUUUGGCAGCUUUGAAGCUGUCCGGUUCGAAAAAAAAAACAUUCUAACGAUUGCCAAUAUGAAGGUGCCCGGUAUCAUAUUCUUAAGCUGGUGCAUUUUGGCGGCGUCCUCGGCAAAUGGAUAUAGCACUCGUAGUAAAGGACAACCCCAGAAUGUUUUAGAUAAUCAACAAUCGGGUAAUGACAUAGACGUUCGAAACCGAACCAGCAAUGGAUUGGAUGGAGAGAGAACUGAUAAUGAUGUUGGUGGGAAUAAUACAGAAGAACAAAAUACAGCUUCGGCCGUUUCAGCAGACGAAAGAAAUUCGGUAGCGAGCACUGAAGCACCGGAAAUCUCAGAAGAAAACGGGCCACACAAUAACACAACACCCAUCAACACAACACAAACGACAGAAAAUUCCCGAGAAGGAAGAGCAAACUGGAAACCCACUCGCAGACCAGAUCAUAUUUGUAGAGCGCGAAAUCAGGAAUACGAUUGUCAGUUCGAAAAUAUUCUGUUUCGGGGUGACCAUCCGAUUUACUUCGGCCAGCAAAAUGGAGGGAAGAAAAUUUCAAUCACCAAAUCCGAACUGAACAAUUUGCCGAAGAGCUUUUUCGAUGCCUUUCCUGAAAUGGAAUCCGCUAACUUGGAAUCCCUUAAAAUAAAUUACAUCGAACCCAAAGCAUUCCAAAAUGCUGGCAAAUUACAAAAUUUAUUUAUUCGGAAAAACAGAUUGCGGCAAAUCGAAGGGGGUGCUUUUCAAGGAGCCCAAUCAUUGAAAAUGAUAAUGGCAACUGAGAAUGAAAUCGAAUCCAUUGAUCCAGAUGCAUUAAAUGUAUUGCCAAACCUUCAACAAUUAUAUAUUGGCAGAAAUAAGCUGAAAAAUCUCCCUAUAUUAGGCAGUAAUGGAGAAUUACUAAAAAUCGGUGCGGCCGCUAAUCAAAUAAAUCUUAUCGAAGAUGACCAAUUUAGCAAUAACUAUAAGAUACAAGAGAUAUUUCUUAAAGAAAAUCAAAUAUCGCAUUUUGAUCUUCGUCAGCUUAACAAUAAACAAAACUUGACAAAAGUAGAUGUGAGCUACAAUCGCAUGACAACUUUGUUUAUUCCAAACUACAUCAAAGUAUUGAGUGCCAAAAACAAUUCAAUCACCUCAAUAACACACCAUGGACAGUCUAGCAUUGAGAAACUAGAUUUAUCUAACAAUGAACUAAUUGAGGUUCCUCAGCUAACUGCAGAGGAACUCCAAAGUUUGGAUCUUUCCAACAAUCGUAUUGAAAUGCUCGACUUCAGGGUGUUCUCCAAAAUGCCAAAGCUGACACAGCUCAAUGUAAAGGACAAUAAAUUGUUCGAGCUGAACUCAUUAAGGGCUCCAACAAGCAUUACAGAAUUGAACCUAUCAAACAACAAACUCAUUUAUGCGCCUAAAGAUUGUAAAAGUUUAGAAAAUGUUCAACAACUAUAUCUAGACCAUAAUGAUCUCGUACAUUUCUGCAAUUUUGACACUUUGAAAAACGUUAAGCAAGUUAGUUUAUCUAAAAAUAACUGGGAUUGCACUAAAAUAAAUAUAGAAUAUAGUGUAAUUAUAACUGAUACAGACAGCCGAAAUGCAUGUAAAACUGGAGCUUUUUUGAAUGCUCGAAAUAUUUGCUGUAGGAAUUUUAGGCGCCCAUAUAAUGAAAUUUAUAAUGAACUCUUAACCAACACCAAAGAUUCUGAGUACAGCAACCAAGAAGAGCUCAAGAGAUCAUGUCUUAAACAAACGUCAUCACACACCAAUGGUAAUAAUCUUAAUCAUGUAAAAAACGAAAUUAAUAAACAAGCACAAUCUGCCGACAAAGCUUCUCAGAAACAUGGACAGGCAAUGCAACAAAAACAAUCCGAAAUUUACAGAAUCAAUCAGGAGACCUCACAGUUGGAAGACAUUCAUCGACAAACUAAUGAAACGUUGCGCCAGCUCAAGUUGGAGAUCGAUAAACAACGCAGCAAGUACGGCGUCAUCAAGCAAGGUUUACAGGAUCCGCAGGAUGAACUGACGAGGGUUGUAAAGUUCGUCAAAGAACGCAACACAUUCAAGCAGUCGCUCAUUGGUGAACGAGAUCAGGAAAUUAAACAACAUGAAAACAAGAAAGAAGAUCUAUCGGACGAAAUUGAGGAGAAAAAAAUCAAAAUCGAAGCACUGAAAAAGGAAAUCAGAGACAAGAAGGAUGCUAUCAAAGCGAAAAAAGCUGACACAAAGUUAUUAGAUAAAAAGCUCAAAGCAAACGCACCAGCCAUUCAUGGUAGGACUGGAACUGUUACUAAGUAAUUUGUUAUUAAAAUAAAAUUCAACCUAA